AGAAGAGAAGAGAAGAGAAGAGAAGAGAAGAGAAGAGAAGAGAAGAGAAGAGAAGAGAAGAGAAGAGAAGAGAAGAGAAGAGAAGAGAAGAGAAAAAGAAAAGAAACGAAAAAAAAAGAAAAGAAACGAAAAAAAGAAAAGAAAGGAAAAGAAAAGAAAGGAAAAGAAAAGAAAAGAAAAGAAAAGAAAAGAAAAGAAAAGAAAAGAAAAGAAAAGAAAAGAAAAGAAAAGAAAAGAAAAGAAAAGAAAAGAAAAGAAAAGAAAAGAAAAGAAAAGAAAAGAAAAGAAAAGAAAAGAAAAGAAAAGAGAGAAAAAAUAUAUAAAGUGACCUGUUGAAGGAGAAAACAAAAUACCUGAAAAACACUCAUUUUGCUUGCAGGUGAUUUAUUGCAUUUAUGAUGUCCAAAAUGCUAAAAUUCAGCCUGGGUUAAAUUUCCUGGCUGAGAUACAGAGAUUCUCAGAAAUCGAGAUUUGAACUAGAAAGUCAGCAGUAACCUCAUCUGGAAUGUAAGGAACCUCAGCAGAGGGGACAGAGCUGAGAGCACUGCCACUUGGGAGUCAUGAACUGAAGUAGAGAAGUCUGUCAUCUUUGGUUUAUUUUUAAAAGAUGUGAACAAAAUACAAGCUGAAAACAUGCAUUGUGUUUUCAUUUUGCUGUGCCUGCACUGAAAGCAUUGCUCACAUACUCCACGGGUACAGAGCACGACAUGCCACAGUUUCUGCACUCCGAUCGCUCCCUCUUAUGUUACUGCUCAAGUAUGCACUCAGAAAAGAGCCAGCAGAUAUAGUAGAUUUAUUCUACUUGUCGAGGUCAAGGGCUCCUUUUUUUUUUUCGGAUUUAGCUGAGGAAACGCUUUCCUCAUAAUACCAGACAGGCUUUCUGCUUUGCAGUCUACUGUCAGUGUGUACCAUCAAUAAAAAAACAUGCGAGAGCAUUUUUAAAGGAAAUUGUUUAUCAAUCUGAAGCACCAGUGAACUAUGUGCCGUCUCCAGUGCCAAAGUUAGGGCGCUUUCAGCAAAGCACAAUAUCAGCAUGCACUGCAAUUCAGAGACUCUGGCUGCUGGAAGCUCUUGCAAACCAUAAACCAGUGGGCUCUGAUUUCCUCAAGUGCUGUAAAUCAGCUCUGAAGGAAUGGACAACUCCAACAAAAAACCCCACACAAUUCUUCUGAGAAGCCAUCACAGGAACUAGAAAAAACAACUUGUAAAAUCUCACCUGACCCAUGACUGACUCUGUUCAUGCAACACUAAAUUAAGACAACUUUGUGCAUCAGAUCCAAGGAUGUUUGUGUUGCUUUACAUUACAAGUUUUGCCAUCUACACAAGCGAACAACCUCUUCAAAGCCAGUUCAAAGGAGAAAAUUACUACACUAGAUAUAUCUGUAGCAUCCCUGGUUUGCCAGGCCCUGCGGGUCCCCCCGGAGCCAGGGGAACCCCGGGACCACAUGGACGCAUUGGUCUUCCAGGAAGAGAUGGUAGAGAUGGCAGGAAAGGAGAAAAAGGUGAAAAAGGGAGUGCAGGUUUAAGAGGAAAGACUGGGCCAUUAGGACCAGCUGGAGAGAAAGGAGACCAAGGUCAGUCUGGUAAAAAAGGACCUGGAGGAUUGACUGGUGCCAAAGGUGAAGUAGGUCCAGCUGGACCACCUGGACCUAAGGGAGAUAAAGGAGACCGAGGAGAGCGAGGUGCACCAGGGGUCUGUAAGUGUGGAAAGAUAGUGCUGAAAUCUGCCUUUUCUGUUGGCAUCACUACCAGCUACCCAGAGGAAAGAUUACCAAUUGUAUUCAAUAAAGUCCUCUUCAAUGAGGGAGAGCAUUACAACCCUUCCACAGGGAAGUUUAUCUGUGCCAUCCCAGGGAUUUAUUACUUUUCUUAUGAUAUCACCUUAGCAAACAAGCAUCUUGCGAUUGGGCUGGUUCACAACGGGAAAUACCGGAUAAAGACAUUUGACGCAAACACCGGCAACCACGAUGUAGCUUCUGGAUCCACAGUGAUCUACCUUCAGCCAGAAGAUGAAGUAUGGCUUGAGAUCUUCUACACUGACCAAAACGGUCUCUUUUCUGAUCCAACGUGGGCAGACAGUUUGUUUUCUGGAUUUCUCUUGUAUGUUGAUACAGAUUACCUUGACGCUUUAUCAGAUGAAGAUGAGCUCUGAAGCAGAUGAUGUCAAAUGACAUUCAAACUGGACACCCCAGCACAGGGUUUUAUCCAGCUGUCUGAGGGACACAAAGCUUAAAAAAAAAUAAUCUGGGACUUAUUUUUGCUUUGAUAAAAACCAAGUCUGAGAUCAUAAGGAUCUUUCUAGAAUUUAAGCUGGAUUUUUUACCAGACAGCAGGGAUAUCAAAAGGAACUGUAAUUAACAAAGGACUGCUUCACUCCAGGACUGACUCCUCCUGAAAGUUAUGUUUGUAAUACUAUUUAAACAAAUUUAAGAUACUGUACAUUUGAUUUUACAUAAAAUAUAUUAAGUUGCAAUGUAGAAUGGAUAUUUUGUAUAUGACAUUAAAGUAAAAUUGAACAAUU